UAAUCCAAUGAAGAGAGUGCUAAUGGCGAAAUUGAGAUGGCCUCCUCAUCACGUGCCGUCCACGUGGCCCAACCGUUUCCCGGUAACCCCGAUUCCGAAGCUCUGCCUCUCCUCUCCGCGAAAUUCUCGAUUCCCCUCCGCUUUUCAAAUCCCCCCGCCUCCCUCCAUUUCUCCUCCGAUUCAACCUCCCAUGGGGACCCCCGACAGAUCCGCUCGCAUUCCCGAUGACGCCAGGAAGAUCCUCGUCCGCAUGGCGGCGGAGUGGAGCAACAUCGUCGAUCCGCAGGCGCUGCAGGUGCACCCGCUCCAGGGAGCCAUGACCAACGAGGUCUACCAGAUCAAGUGGAUCCGGAGCGCCUCCAGCCCCGAGAUGCCGCCGCCGAGGUCGAAGAAGGUGUUGGUGAGGAUCUACGGUCAAGGAGUGGAUGUGUUUUUUGAUCGCGAUAGUGAGAUUCGCACGUUUGAGUUUGUUUCCAAGCAGGGGCACGGGCCGAGGCUGCUCGGACGGUUCGCGAAUGGCCGUGUUGAGGAGUUCAUUCACGCUCGGACACUUUCUGCCCCUGAUUUGCGUGAUCCUGAAAUAUCUGGUAUAAUAGCUUCUAAAAUGAAAGAAUUUCAUGGCCUAAAUAUGCCUGGUUCUAAGAAUGUUGUGCUCUGGGACAGAAUGCGAAAAUGGGUUAAGGAAGCCAAACGUGUUUCUUCGCCUCAAGAAGCCAAGGAGUUUCGCUUAGAAGAUGUGGAAGCUGAAAUAUUGGCUCUAGAGAAGAAACUUCAUACCAAUAAUGGCAUAGGGUUCUGCCACAAUGAUUUGCAAUAUGGUAACAUAAUGGUGGAUGAAGAAACCAAGUCAAUAACCAUAAUUGAUUACGAAUAUGCAAGCUACAACCCUAUCGCCUUUGACAUUGCCAAUCAUUUUUGUGAGAUGGCUGCUAACUAUCAUACCGAAACCCCUCACGUCUUGGACUACAGUAAAUACCCAGGUGUGCAGGAGCGUGAAAGAUUCUUGCAUGUCUAUCUGGCUACUUCAGUGCCAGAACUUUCCUCAGGAAAAAAACCUGGCGACACGGAGGUGAAGCAAUUAGCGCAGGAAGUGGAGAAGUACACUCUCGCUAGCCAUCUUGUUUGGGCGUUGUGGGGAUUAAUCUCGGAGCAUGUCAACGAUAUCGAUUUUGAUUAUGUAGAGUAUGCAAGGCAAAGAUUUAGAGCUUACUGGGCAAAGAAAUCUGAAGUGCUUAAAGCUUGAUAAUUGGAAAGAAAAUUGUUAGAUUUCUAAUACAAGGAUGUACCAUAGUUGUCUAUGUAUUGUUUUAGUAAAUUUUUUAAAUGCUUUAGAACUGUGAAUUUGCAUUUAGUAGUAGUUAGUCUAAUUUAAAUUGAUAUUUGGCUUUUUGUAAAGAUAUUUGUUUCUUCUUUCUGUACAGUGAUUUCACCUAAAUUUUCAUUCCAAUGAAUUUGUGUAUUUCCUAA